AUGAUCCUUACCGAUCAUAUCAAUGGAGACAACCACUUGAAAAAAGACAAUAAACAAGAUCAGUUAUUAAUGUGUGUACCUGGUCCUGGUGACACAGGAAAAUCUCAAUUGAUUCAUGCAAUUACAGAAUAUCUUUCAAUAACAAAACGCAGUCAUAAACUACGAAAACUAGCACCAACAUCGAAUGCUGCAGCCCAGAUCGGACAACGAUCGAAAAAGAAUGGCGACAUAAAUGAAUUACGAACUGAAUUGAACGUUCUAGCUACCGCGUCCGAAGCAUUUGAAAAGAAUGUUAAGCCAUUGGUAUGCAUUGCUCAAGACGAAUUGAAAAUUAAUAUCGACAGUCCGGAUUUUCACAAGCAUCUCCUCGAAUUACCAGAUAAUACAUCAAAAUGCCUACCUGAAUAUUUACCGUUAUUUCCGGGCAUGCAUGUUCUAUUGACGUAA